AUGUUAGAGGGGCUCGCCCGGACCAUCCAGGCUUAUCGCCCUGGCCGCCCCGAAUCUGGCUGGUUUUGCGCCGGGCUGGCAUCAUCCUUCCCCAACAUCGACAAUAGCCACGAGGGCGCCCUGGCAGAAAAGGACAUACCAGCACCCUGCGAAGCUGCCGCGGGAUCAACCACCGCAUCAAUACCAGCCUGCAAGGUGUUCCGUGUCCCGCUGUCAGCAGGGCCAAGGGGGAAUGCAGAGGCCGAGGUUGUGCCGCUCACGGAAGCUGCCGAGGAAGGAGCGGAUCUGCGGAACCAGGUACUUGUUUUCCAGUACCGGGGAAAGUUCCAUGCUGUUGAUCACCAAUGUCCACAUUCUUCCUUUCCUCUCUCGCGGGGAUCUCCUUUUGACAUUGAGGAUUUUGGAGUGAUCCUGAGCACGGGCAUUGCAUGUCAGAAACACGGGUGGUCGUUUGAUUUAUUCUCAGGUCAGGGAGACCGUGGGAGCUACAGACUAAAGAUUUGGGAAGUCGAGCUAAGAGAUGCCGUUGGAGGGGUGGAUUCCACACCAGAAAAGGAAGUCUGGGUUCGAAGGAAACAGAGAAUUGGAUGA